GUUUGGUAAUCUCGUUUCAGUUACGCCUUCUCCCUUAGUUAUUGCCGCGUUGUUCUCAGGGUGCCCUUUUUUAACGCACCGUAUUUAAUCCCUUUCCGAAACACUCGGCUCUUUUUCCCCCCAACCCAAUCCCUAAUUAUUCUUAAAAACAAAAAAAAAAAAAAUAAAAUAAAAUAAAAAAAUACUAAUCGUUGCAAAUUAUUCCAACUGUAAUUUGGUAUCCAAUUUCGAAUCUUGGAAUCCGAUUUCUUAUUGGAGACCUCGGAGUUGGUGGAAGAGUCAAGGAAGCAGUGAUCAGCUCUUUGAGCAGAUAUAUUGGAUAAACUGUUCACUUUUGAAGUUUGAUGCUCUUGAAAAUUUCGGAAUCUGGGCGACUCACUUUUGCUUGGUUAUCCAAGGCAUUUCUCACAAUGUGAACCGGCUACGCGUUAAUUCGUUCACCGAUUUGGCUUGUAGAAGAAGCACAUUUGUUAAUCUAUGAAAUCUGCUGGUGCUGUAUCGUGUUUUCGGAGAAAUUUGUGCCCCUGCAUUUGGGAUUCCAUGAGAUGGAGGCAUAAGAGUGUAUUAAGAAGAUUAGGAAGGUGCCAUAUGAUACAUUUCGAUAAUCAUUUUGUCCGUGUGGAAUUAUGGAAAAUGGUUUAUCAGGGUCUCCGCGCCAAAAAUUUGCACAAAAUGGUAUUCCAUCGGCCUCAGCCGGGAAAGCUUCGAAUAACCACUUAAAUAACAUCUCCAUUCAGACUGGUGAGGAAUUCUCCAUGGAUUUUAUUCAAGAUCGAGCCGCUCCGAGAGGAAUAACUCCUAGACCUGUUAUCGAUACCGGUCAGAUGGAUCACGCAAAUUACAGUAAUUGUCCGAAUUUUCAUGCGGUAUAUGAAGAUCUCACUGGCAUUCUCGGGCUUAGCAGAUCAAACUCUGAUGCUUAUUCAGAUGUUUCGAAUUCUAGCUUGGCCAAAGGCAAUGCGGGUUAUCUCGAUCGAAUACGCAAAGUUCCAUCUGACGGUUGCUGGAGAAUAACCGAGAAUUGUAUAGAUGAGUGCGUUGAAUAUAAUAACCAGUAUGGAUCAGAAACCUCAGAAAGCCCUAAUUCCGGCAAAGUGAAGUUUUUGUGCAGCUUCGGAGGGAAAAUUUUGCCUAGGCCAGGUGACGGGAGGCUUAGAUAUGUCGGCGGAGAUAAUCGGCUCAUCUCUAUUGGGAAGCAAUUUUCGUGGAGAGAGCUAAUGCAAAAGACCCUAAAGGUCUACAGCCAGCCUCACACCAUCAAGUACCAGCUCCCCGGGGAAGAUCUCGACGCGCUGAUAUCAGUUUCCUGCAAUGAGGAUCUUCAGAAUAUGAUGGAGGAGUAUAAUAAUCUUGAAAGGGCAGAUGGGUCUUUUAGACUCAGAAUUUUUCUCAUCUCUCCGAGUGAAACUGAAAGUCCUCCAUUAGAUACUAGAGCCUUGCAAAGUGACUCGGAGUAUCACUAUUUUGUUGCUGUGAAUAACAUAGCAGAGCCAAGUGCAAUGAAGGUCUCAAGUGGUAAUAAUAGCUUAUCGAGCCAAAUAGGGUACAUUCUAGAUAACAAUUCUCCAAGCAUUCAAAAUAAUUCCCAGUUCUCUCCUUUGGAUAUCACUAGUGGGGCUAAAGAUUCGGCUGGAAUGUGCAUAAAUCAGCCUUCUCCUCAGCUUUUUGAUACUUCGCAAAUUGUACGAAUUCCCAUGGAGUCAUCUCCGUUUACUCCAACGGUAAAUCAAAAAGAAAGUGCCAAAAUUUCUCAAAAGCAAUCAACUGAGGAUCAAUACGUAAUUUAUCAGCAAAAAAUACAGAGUGAUAUUCAGAUGCCAAACGGGUCCUCUAAUUUGCCUUUUGUACAUCAUGCACAAAUUAGAGAAUUAGUUAAUCCUCAUUUUACUCAUAAUCAGAGUGACUUGAGUUCAAAUAGCAAUUAUGAAAAGAGUGCUCAAGAGGAAAGAUCUUUUCAUUCUGAAAAGUGUCGGAUAAAAGAAUCAGUUGGCCCAGUUCAAGGCAUGCCUCAUGCUUGUUCUGAUUCUCUAUUACAAGAUGCAAGUGAAAGAGUUGUACCAAACAUAUCAGAAUUUGCAGAAUCCUACCUAAACUUCAUGGGACAACCAUCUUCUCAUAAUACUCUUAUUGUUCAGCAGCAGGAAUUAGACUUACAAUGCCAAGAAAAUGCUCUAAAUGUGAUAUAUAAUCCCUACACAUCACAGAAGACAAUAUCUGAAAAUUUUCAGAAUAGGGAGGAACCCUCGAUUUCUCACCUUGUUAGUGAGACUUCUACUUUUACUGGUAAUUUGGUUGACACGAACUGCAACCCUUAUAGUAUACAUGGUGGUCAUGGUUCUUCAAAGGAGUCAGAAGCAUUUGAGUGUUCUGUUCCUACUUUUCAUUUGAAUUCUAGCAAAGAAAGCCAAGCGGAGAAACCUGCGAUAAAUACUGGUUUUGUGUGUGAAGAUACUAGUACUAUGCCCUUUGUGCCCCCUUCUUCAUGGCCAAUGAAUUAUUUGGAAACGUCGUUUCCAAAUACAGCAGCUCCAACAUGCACUGUGCCUUCAAAUUCAAAGAGUACAGAGGAUGGAAUUGCGAAUUCUUCGAGUUCUGUACCACUUGUAACAUUGAGUAGCACUGAUAUGAGCCUGAACUUGUAUUCUAAUGGGCUGCCUACUUGGUCAUUGUUCAAUAGUGCAGCCAUGGAUGAUGUUUUAAAGAGAGAAGUUGCCCUUCUUCAUCCGGACGCUGCAAAGUGUUCCUACUCAGGUGCAAAUCCGGCAUACCAUGGGGUGUUUCCGGAAAAAAGUAGGACAAAUGCUGUACCAAAUGUGAAUGCAGAAGCUCCCAUAGAGACAGUGGUUACUGUUGAAGAUGUAACAGAUAGUGUUCCUCCAGAUAUUCCAGCUUCCUCAGUAGUUGUUCCUCAUGUAUUUCAUGAGUGUGCUGAAGAUGACGAAAAUGGAAAUACCUCAUCACCAGAAUGCAGAAGUGAGGAUGGGAAGAACGAUGAGAGAGGUGCAGAUGAAUCUAUAAGCGAUGCAGCAAUAGCAGAGAUUGAAGCUGGUAUAUAUGGUUUGCAGAUAAUAAGAAAUGCCGACCUUGAAGAGUUACGUGAAUUGGGAUCCGGCACAUUUGGAACUGUUUUUCAUGGAAAGUGGCGCGGAACUGAUGUUGCAAUCAAGAGGAUCAAGAAAAGCUGCUUUGCUGGGAGGUCGUCUGAACAAGAGCGAUUGACUAAAGAUUUUUGGAGAGAGGCUCAAAUCCUAUCAAAGCUGCACCAUCCAAAUGUUGUUGCUCUCUACGGUGUCGUUCCAGAUGGGGCUGAAGGAACACUGGCCACUGUAACAGAAUACAUGGUGAAUGGAUCACUCAGGCAUGUCCUACUAAGAAAGGAUAGAGCUCUCGAUCGUCGUAAAAGGCUUAUAAUUGCUAUGGAUGCAGCUUUCGGGAUGGAAUAUCUGCACUCCAAGAACAUAGUGCAUUUCGACUUAAAAUGUGAUAACUUACUCGUUAAUUUGAGAGAUUCCCUAAGACCUAUAUGCAAGGUUGGAGACUUUGGAUUGUCGAGAAUUAAACACAAUACUAUGGUUUCUGGUGGGGUUCGAGGAACCCUUCCUUGGAUGGCACCAGAAUUGUUGAAUGGAAGCAGUAGCCGAGUUUCUGAAAAGGUCGAUGUUUUCUCAUUUGGAAUAGUUUUGUGGGAGAUCCUUACUGGCGAGGAGCCCUAUGCGAAUAUGCACUGCGGUGCAAUUAUAGGAGGGAUUGUGAGCAACACUCUUCGGCCGCCCAUCCCCGAGAAAUGCGACAGCGAGUGGAGAAAGCUAAUGGAAGAAUGCUGGUCGGCGGACCCUGCAGUCCGCCCUUCAUUCACUGAGAUAACCAACAGACUGCGCACUAUGUCGAUGCAACUUCAGCCAAAGGGACAGACUCAUCAGUCCAACAAAUUAAGCUGAAUCGUCCAAUUGAGAUCCUUUUUUUUUCCUUUUUUUCGUUUGCGAACUUCAUUAGUAAGAGGGUUUUUGAGCUGCGUAGUUGCCUCUCCUAAUGAUAUUUUGAUGAAGUUCAACUCCUUCAACAGCAUGAGCAUGUGCAUUCUAUUCUUGUGAUAUAGAUCUGUAUGUAGUUUUCUCACUCCUUUUUGUUAUGAUACGAGCUAUUUAAAUGUAAAGAAUUGUUCUACUUUUUCUUAUUGAGUGCAAUAAAUUUCACUUCUCGACCACAA